AUGCUGCCGGGAUUUGUCGCUGCUCUCCGGGCAGAGGCCAGCCCUGUGGCAGUGAAGUUGCAGAUCCUACAGUCCCUGUCCAUACUGGUGCAGAAUGCCCAACGGGACACUUCCCUGAUCUACUUGCUUUCCCAGGGAAUGCUGAACGACUUCUUCGAUGAUCCGCCCGAGAACAUGGACGAAGAGUCCCUGGCCUACUUCGUCACGCUUCUCAAGGGCAUCGCUCUUCGGCUCGACGGGGAGAUGGCGCUGUUGUGUCUCUCCACAUGCCGAAGCACUGACGGUGCAGGAUACAACGCCAGCGGCAAGAUAGCUAGAAUACGCAUGCCGAUCUUUGACAGAGCUGUAAAGCUGGUCGGCCACAGUGAUCAGAUGGUGCAGACCUCGGCUCGGAAUGCUGCCCUGCGGAUGCUGAGCCUCGAGACGCCCGCCGUGCGCGCCAUCGUCGAGGGCACUGCUGCAGGUGUCUUGGCACCUGAGCUGGCGGAUGUUGCCUCGACGUUUCGCGACGGUGUCAGCUUCCAUGAGGGCAUCAAGGCGGAAGAGACGAAGGCGCAGCCUGCAGCUCUCACCUCCUUGCUCGACUUUGUCGGGGAUCUGCUUUGCUUAGGCAUCCCUCCACUGACCGCUGCGCUGGAGCAAGAAGGCUUCUCUGCCGUUGGCAGCCGCGCGGCCUGGCGAGGGCCGCUGAUGUUGUGUCAUCAGGCCGAGAACCAUCCCGCCGUCCGUGUUUUCGACAAGCCCAUCGAGGGAUCGGCGGUGGUUGCUGAGAUCGCAAAUGGCACAAUGCUGCACGGCUUAGCCGUGAACGGCAACUUCGUCAGUGUCUGCUGGCAGGGGAUCGACGGAUGGAUCGGGCGGAAGAAUGCUCGACGUGUGGGCAGGCCGUCCUUCAUGACCAAAUUGUGA